AUGACGCCAGCGCUGACGUCAGCCAACUCGGGCUUCAGCCCGGGCAAGACUUGCCCUUGGGCUUCCUCGGGCUCGUGGGACCCGCCACCAAACUGGGCUACGGGCUUCGCGCUGGAGCUCUCUCGGGCUGCGUCGGGCAGCCUUUCCCCCCUAGCCCGGGCUGCGCUGGAGAUGCUCUAA